AUGGCUAACACACUAAUUUAAGCAUUUAGAAAUCUUAAAAUGAGAUCGCAAAUCAUCUCUCUUGAUAUAAUGAUUCUCCUUUUAGUCUUAAGCAUAGCUGGAAUUGCCAUUUAUGUUGAAAUCAAGAUAUUUUAUUAUAUAUCAGAAAGAUCCUUGCAGAACACUUUAGUAAUUUCAGACAUCAAGUAAAUUUCUCUUACCACCCAUUUGAUGAAACAUUAUAUCAAAGAAAAACAUAAAAUUAGUAUUUAAAUUUAUUAAAUUCAUUUAGGCAUUUUAUUAGCUGAUCAUAUUUCUUCUUUCUUGCACUUUUAUUCGAAAAUCUAACACGAAGUUAAUUUUACAAAACCUAUUGACCCUUGUUAUUCAUUUGAUCAAUACAUACAUAACUUGUAAGUAGAAAAAACUCAAAAAAUGUGUUAUUCCAUUUAUGGGAAUAUAAAUUUAUAGGAUUCAUUGUAAAAGAGUCCUGAUAUUCAAUAAUUGUAUAACGGUCUCAGAUUGUUGGAGGAUUUUGGAGUGGAAUUAAAUAAGUUUUAUCCAGAUUUUAUGCAAUUUGUGGAUAUCACUGAUAUAAAUUUUAAUGUCUUAUAUCCCUUAGGAUAUUACGUACCUAAUUAUAAUCUUAGUACAAGGGCUUGGUAAAAUCUUAUUUGAAACUUAGGUAUGUUGACCAUAUUAAAAAGGCUUAAGAGGAUCCAAGCCAAUUCUACUUUUUUACCGAUGUUUACAGGAUGAUAGUUGGAGAUUAUAAUUAUUAUUUCUCAAUUACUUAAUCUUUAUUUAAUAAAGACAAACAAUUUAUUGGCAUUUUGAAAAUGAUGCAAACCAUAGACGACCUAAAUAUGUAAAACACAAAAUCUAACAUAAUGUUAAUCAAUAAAUAUGGGUAAGUAAUCUAUAAAGAGAUGGAGAAUCAAGAAUUCUAUAAUAAUAGUUAAGUUUUUUAUAUUUAUAAUGAAACGAUUACUGGUUUUAAUAAUUCUGAUUGGGAAAUAAUAGAAGAUUAGGCUAUCUCUAACAUAAAAACAGAAUUUGAGAAUGAAAGCGAGCAAUAUAAAUGCAUUAUUUUAUAUAACAAAUUCUAUAAAUCUUCAGUACAUUUGAGAAGUGAAAAAUUUAUAAAAGAGAAUUUUACGUUAAUAAUGUAAUUUAUGAUUAUGACUAUUAGAUACACCAACAUCACAACCAAGAAAAAUUUAGAGGAAUAAUUUGAAGCAGCAUUUCUUGAAUCUGAAAAUUGGAUUUUAAUUGCAGCUUGCUCAAUCUUAUUCUUGGGAGCUUUAUCAAUUAGCAUGAGUAUAUGUUAUAUAAACAUCAUCUGUUAACCUUUGAUAGAGAUCAAUCAUAAAAUAUCAAACCAUGUAUUAUCAGUUGGAAAUAAUCUCAACCGUUAGAUUUUCAAAAUUUUGCUACCUUAAAGGAAAGCAUCUAAUCUAUAUGCUAAAUUAAAUGAACAGCUUUGGAAUUUAUAAGAUACAAUCCAAAUAAGAUAAAAAAAAAAGUGUGAACAAUGUAUCCUCAUUGAAAAAAUGUUUUAUCAUAGAAAAGAUAUUAAUUUAAAUUGCAAUCAGAUAAAAACCGCUGUCAGCAACAUUUAAGGAGAUACAGUAUUAGAUUCACUAGAACUUUACAAAUUAUUCUAAUUUACGCUUUAAUAGUUCAAAACUUAAGAAUUAUGA